UCUAUGUAGAUGACGUCAAAGUUUGCUCUGUGCAACUGGGUGGAACCGAGGAAGCCAGGCCAGCAGCUCUUCAGUGAGAAUACCGCCGCGAAGGGAAGCGUACGGCUCGCGACAUGGCAGCCACAGUAGAAACGAGUUUUAAGGACAAAAUCCGGAACGCAGUGGAAAUCCCUAUUUUAACAAGAUGUUGUUUUUGCUUCCCCAUGAGAAGAGGCCUGAUAGCUUUUGCUUAUAUAAAUCUGAUAUUAACAUUAGUGGCAUCUGUGUUCAUGUCGGUAUACAUAUCAGCGAUGCGGAACUCCAAGAUUGAGGAGAUCCAGGAAGAAAUACCGCGGCACAUCUUCGCGACGUGUGCGCAGCUUGUCGAGCUAUGCAUGACGAUCACAUUUAUCGUGGCUUUGCAUCGGAAACACGUGAUGCUUAUGAAGGUGUACCUGUGUUUCGAGAUAGUAUACUCCAUCAUCGGCCUGAUCUACAGUCUCGCCUUCCUCAACGCGGAGACUGCUGGGGAAUUGUUCCUCAUGCUGUUUGAAUUCACUCUUCAAAUAUACCUGGCGAUCCUGAUCUGGAGCUCGAUAGUAAAGAUGGAAAGGGAUGGUACCGUUAAGUACACAAGAGAAAGGGACCCCGCCUAGUACCUACUCUCAGUCGAGUCACAUUGCUAAGGAAUUGAUUGUAUGCAGACUAAUUUCUGAAAGUGUUAAGGAUGGUUUUCAUUAAGCCACUACAUACAGGGCCCACAAUGUUGACGAAUGUUGGCACGUAUGUUCGUUCACUCUCGAAUAUAUUGGUGUUUGGAGGUUAGCGAAACCGGCGGUUUUAAAGCAAGCCGUGCCCGGGGCAGGACGGAGACGGCUCCAUGGACCCGAAACCCGCCUGUGCUGCAAAUCUAUACUAAUAUUACAAAGAGGUAAACUUUUAUUGAAAGCUUAUUAGAAUUACUGAACUAAUCUUGAAAAUUCCUUCACCAUUAAAAAGAUAUAUCUGCGGGUGUCUAGUUAUGUAUAUGCUGUUACUUCAUAAGGGAUGUACAACAACGGUUAUGUAUACGAGCGUCGGGCUAAUCAGUCGGGAAACGGGUCAUACAUUAUAUUAUGUUAUAUAAAUUGCUUCAUGUUAAAUGAAAGAAGGUAUAUGUAAAAUCCGAGCUCCGUCCACGACAGGUACGCCGCCCGGUCUAAUGAAAAUCAUCCCUUUAAUUUUAAUAUGAUACUGGCAUGAUAAUAUUUUCUAUAAUUAAUUAUGACUUAAGUAUGUAUUACUUCUUUGUACUCGAUAAGUUACCUAACACCAUAUCAUAGGCUGUGGUAGCGGAUUAAGAUUGGAUUUCCCCAUUUGACUUUAGAGGCUAGAACUAGAAAAAUUUGUCUGCAUUGUUUAGUAAUGAUAUGUUAUUUGUUUAACUAAAGUGCCUUUGCAAUAAGUCUCAGCAACGUGUUACGCGUAUUGUUUGAAGCUGAGAAAUCUUGAGAGAGUUCGAAGGCCCUGAGAAAUAUUGUGAUGCUUGCUUUUGACAUAAAAAUAUAUUUUUAUAGAAUUUUACCAAAGUAAGUUAAGAAAAUGUUAUAGAUACGUUGAGUUAUAAUAAUGUUAAGUAAGUUUGUGAAUGAACUACGCGUUCAUAAUUAUUAAAAAUUGUGUAUGCUUAAAAGAAUUGGGUAAUACGGAUCAAUUUUCUAUUCUAAUUAGGAAAAUUCGUUUUCCAUGAAACUGGACUAUAAUAUUUGAAAUUCGUAAAAUCCGUUCAAACCUGUAAAUAUUAAAAUAAAUUUGCAUUUUUGCCGA